AUGGCCGUGAACGUCCCUGGAGUGGUAGUGAUGGUGCUUUUCUACCUGUUGGUCCUCGGGAUCGGGAUCUGGGCUGCUUUUAAGUCAAGAAGGGAGCAGAAGAAAAGUAAAGCCACUGAAAUAGAGAUGGCUCUGCUGGGAAACCGGAGCAUCAGCUGGAUGGUGGGGAUCUUCAGCAUGACAGCUACGUGGGUUGGUGGAGGAGCAAUAGUUGCCACAGCUGAGAUAGUGUACACACCCUCUCUGGGACUAAUUGAAGCAGGCAUCAUGACUCUUGCAUACAGCGUAUCCUUUGUUUUAUGUGGUCUGGUGUUUGCUAAACCCCUGAGAGAACUGAACUGCGUGACAAUGAUGGACCCUUUCUAUUUCAAGUAUGGAAAGGUGAUAACAGCUGGACUCUCGUUGAUCUCACUUUAUACCGACAUAACCUGGUUGCCUAUUAUACUCACUGGUUUAGGAGGAACCAUGAGUGUUAUCUUGGACUUGUCCUACAAUGUGUGUGUCUGGCUCUCGGCUUCCGUUGCCAUCAUCUACACACUGUUGGGAGGUUUCUACUCUGUGGCCUACACUGAUGUUAUACAGCUGAUCCUUAUAUUCAUCAGUUUGUGGCUCUGUGUUCCUUUUGUUUUGCUGAACCCUAACACCCUGGACAUUAGUCAGACACUGUUGAACAACACCUUACACACACCCUGGAUUGGUUCACCAGAGCUGAAAAAAACUGGGCUCAUGAUUGACGAGUUUCUAUUAUUUGCACUGGGGAGUCUGGGAUCUCAGUGUUUACAUCAGAGGAUCUUGGCGGCUUCUUCUUUAUCCACAGCCAAGAAUACCUGUGUAGUAGCUGCUUUCUUUUACAGUGUGUUUAUAAUCCCGCCUGUAUUACUCGGAGCAGCUGCUGCAUCCACAGAUUGGAACAUGACGUCUUAUGGUUAUCCAUUUCCAUAUGAACGAGGGGAAAAGGCGGUGGUCCUGCCGAUCACCUUGCAACACCUAACCCCACCUUUUAUCUCCAUCAUUGGCACCGGAUGUGUGGCUGCUGCUGUGAUGUCAUCAGUAGACUCUGUGUUGAUUUCUGUAGCUUCUAUCUUUACAUCCAGCAUUUACAAGAACAUCCUGAGACAAAAGGCAUCAGAGAGAGAGAUCCAGUGGGUGAUCCGUGUCACUGUCAUGAUCACUGGUUUAAUUGGGAUAUUAUUAACCAUUCAGAAAAUGAGUGUGUUAUUCUUCUUGUUCAUUAGUGCUGAGGUGGCCUACCUCAUUAUCUUCCCACAGCUGUUGUGUGUUCUUUUCUUCAACAUUUCCAACGGUUAUGGGGCUGUUGCAGGAUGUGUUUUAGGAGUUGUGCUGAGACUCCUCAGUGGAGACCCAUCACUUGGACUACCAGUUACCCUUUGCCUCCCAGGAUGUGUCCUUGAGGAUGGGGUUUAUGUCCAGUACGCUCCAGUGAAGACCAUCUCCAUGCUGUUGUCAGUCACUGCCAUUGUGGUGUUCUCCUUUCUAGGGUCUGUGCUCUUUAACAAAGGUCUGCUUCCAGAGAAGUGGGAUGUGUUUAAGGUGAAAGUUCAACCCUCACCACAACAACUGAGUCCAGUUCACAGAGCCAAGGAAGACCACGAGGCUGAGCUGUUGACUAACAAAGGCUUUAAGACUGACACUCCAGCGCUAGUAAGCAAAACACAGUGUUAGUGUCUCCCAUCAUCUGCUAUUGGAGUUCUAACACCAUAAGAAUCAUUCUGCAUGAUGUGUGAACAGACUACUUUAAUAUAAAGGUGCAAUGGUUUAAUCAGGUUUCAUAACUUAAUAGAAUAAU